CGACGGUGUAAGUUGAUGUACCAAAUUUUGUAAUGAUUAUCGUGACUAUUGACAAGAGAAAUAACACCAUCAUCUCAUUGAGUGAUAGGAACCGGACUCUUGGAUACUCGGCCCGAUCGCUGCGUGAAUUUAAUGGCAAAGAGUUCUGUAGCUUGCUGGUCGCACGGGACAUCGGAGUUGAUGAUACUCUAUAUAAACGUAGAAAUGUAUCUCCUGAAUCAAAUAGUUGUGAUAGAUGUAAAUUAGACUCGCAUGAAUACCUGAUAAAAAGCCACCGAAGCAAAUUAGUUCCUGUGACUCUGUGGGCAUGUUUGCCGGCAAAGCAUAGUAACAGGGAGAAUACACAUGUUGAAGGUUUAGCCACUACAGGUAUUCAAACUGCACGUUCGCUUAAUACCUAUAGGACCCCAUCUGAUACACAGUUGUACAAUGAAUUAGACACUGAUAACACUGAUUCUGAUAGCAACGAACUCGUGCUUGUUCUGUCUGAAGCUCGCGACUUCGAUGGGUUUGAUAAAGUAUUUCGAGGAGGCCACUUUGAUAGCGAACAUGUGGCCGUGGUACAAAUUAGUGAUGUGGGACGAAUAAUGUCCGUUCCGAGAGGUUCAUCUGCUGUAUUUGGUCACAACAUACGCGCGUGUGACCUCUUAUGCGAAAGUUUCCUCAGAUUCGUAAGAAACGACGAUAUACCGCUUUUUCUAAGGAAGAUGCGCGAGUGCGCUGAUUAUGGAGUCAGUGUUUUUACACUUAAUCUCAUUUCGGAGAUAAAAGCAGGUGAUGACCCUGUUGAUUGGUCUAUGGAAGUCUUCGCUCAGAAGGGUUCAGACGGUAGAGUGUAUAUGCUGAUGGUUAAGUCAGAGGACAUGAUAGGCAUGUCAGAUGUGGAGAACAUACUGCAUGAUAUGUCAUACGGAGUGGAUGUUGUGGGCGAGGACACAUUUUUCUCAGAUCUGAGUCAUGGAGUAUCUAAAUUAUUGGGAGCAGCGGCAAAUUUCGGAUACCAUACGCUACAAAUCGUUGUUCAGAUUAUAAGUGUUUUGAAUAAUAUACGGAUGUCGGUAGGGGCAGGUGUGGUGAACGUCAUCGAGGGCGCUGUCAACAUUUACUUUAAUGUCGGAGGCAAAGUUACCAAUGCCUUACUGUAUCCGUACGUGAAAUUCUUCGGAAUAGUCAACUCGGGGGUGUCUUAUGCUGUAGGGGCCGCUGAUGUGUCCUUGGUGCAGGUCGGCGAGUGGUAGGAAGUGAUUUGGAACCAAGCGGAAGUCGCACAGAAUCGCAAAUAGACGUAAACGUAGAAUUUACAAGGGAGUAUAUAUGAAUGUCUCCGAACAUGGCCUUACCCUGCAGAUGUCAAGCUUGAUGCAUACAGCGAUGCAUCCCAUAGCGGCAUUGGCAUCCUACUUAUCAAUCUAAGAGGUUCUCACUGCGGAGAAAUGGUUCACGUUCUGCGUGAAACGGGAAACUACACCCGUUAAAUUUGUUUUGUAAACAACGCAGUAGUGUGAAUAUUAUACGAGAUUUCAAUAUACUUAUCAAUUUGACCAACUUUUGAUAAAAAACCUAAAUGGGCACAGAAUUUUAUUUAAAACGCAGUAAAUACAUUUUAAAAAACGAACAACAAACGUUUUCUGAUGAAUAAAAGGUUGAAAAUAAAUAGAAACAUAAAACUGU